AUGAUUGAGAUCGAAAACGCCGAGAUUGACGAGGUGGAGGAGGUUCACCAGCGAUGCUUUCUGCUUUCCGGCAAAUGUGUGGCCUCCACUGAGUCGACCUCUGGGACGGGCGGGGACUUUGUUGUUGUCGAACCCAAGCCAAGCAGUUUUGUCUUGGUUCAUGUGGAAGAUGAGCAUGGCAACACCGGCUUCCCUGACCAGCGCUGGCCGCUGUCGCUGGGACAGUUCAAGGCCUUGGUUAUGCUUUCCCCUGGCCUGAACAAGAUCACUGUGACAUCGGGGAAUGAUGCCGCCAACGCGGUUGAGCUAUCCCUUCGGUACACCCCCCUCCUCCAAGUACCGCCUCUUCAUCUCGCCAUCCUGGUAGCAAAGGAUUCACCCCUCCUUAUCGACUGCCCACCAGCCAAGUUUGGCGACAUUUCCAGCACUCACUCGAGUCUCGAUGCCGCCAUUUCCAAGCUACGUGUGGCUGCUUACAUGUGGCAAGCCUUGGCCGCCGACAGCAUUUACUGGGACGGGCUGCCUCGCCAGUCGUUUCGAAUCGAAGAGGAAUAUUCCCCUGACACCCUCAGCAGGCACGCCCAGCAGCAGUCUUUUGGAAAGCAGCAGGUCAUGGGUUCCGUUCCCCGAAUCCACGUCAUCCGCACCGAGAAGACGAUCUCCCAGUUACGCGACGUUGAGACUGAGAUGGAAGCGGCAAAAUCAAAGGCAGGCCAGGAGCAGCGACACAAGGAUUUGUACCGAAUCAUGUCCAAAGCGGUCAAGAACUCGGGCGGUCCUCUCCACCCAAACAACAAACCGGUCAUCGCGGCCCUGCUUCUGGACGCGCACUUUGAUGAGAAGCUGGGAAGGACUCUCCCAGACGCACUUUUCUCCAUCCACAAAUCAGAAGGCCUCUCGCUGGCCAUGUCAGGGAGUCAGUCGACCUACUCGUGGCCCCGGUUCAUAGAUGAGAUUCCAGACUGCCUCCUUGACCCGACACCUGUCGGGGACGCAGUCAGCAGGGAACGUUGUGAGCGGCCUAUAUGUAUGUGGGAAGCUUGCUCCGUGAGCCAGGGACGGUUUUACAAGGAGAUCGUCCGGGCGUUUAACCCUUCGGCGACCAAGCCUCAUUUCAUCACCAGCCAUGACUUGGGGUGGGCAUUCAAACAUUCUUGGUGGGGUUACUUUCAAUGGCCAGAGCAUUUUCUCUCGCGCGCGUUGCGCUGUGCGGGUGAGGAGGAAGAAAAGGAGCCGAAGCCGGUCCGAUCAGACGUCUCGCAGACUGGAUACUACCGGAUUGAACUCAAGGACGCGCUUGUUCUGCGCAAUAGCGCGCCCGAGUUUCAGUUACCGGGCUAUGUGACCUUGCCAGAGGGCGCACCUGAGAUUUGUCCUUUGGUGGAGGACACUGUGGACGGCCGCGCUGCUCAAAAUGUUGAGAUCAAGUGCGAUGCUGGGCUUGCCAGUGUUUGGGUUUGCAGCAAGAACAUGUCUAUCAGCGAUGGUCUCACCUACCCUGGCGAGCCGCUCAAGAGUGUGAGAUUCUCACUGCGAGAGUUGACGGAGCGGUUGGGCCCUCAUGUCAGCGAAGAGGAAAGGAUGGCGACCGGCGGGUUGGAUCGGAUCGAGGCGCUGGGUAUGAAUGGGGAAAAGUCUACGUUGCAUGACAUCUCGACUUUGAUGAGGUUGCGAGCGGCUGAGUACAUCGAUGCUGGUAUUCCCGGGACCGACCUUCGCUUCACGAAAACGGCCGUUGGGUCGAACGCCGAGGAGGAGGAACGUUCGAAAGGACAGUGGGGCAUGAAUCAUGAUUGGAAGUGGACUGUUUUGCUGAAGAGGCGGAGCAAGAGGAAAGGCACCAAGUGGUAUGGGACGAUUGUGAACGCCACCAUGAUUGAUGUCAGGGUCGGAUGCGAGUUGGACGGUGCCUAUGUCUAUUACGAGGAUGGGUCAAAGGUGCCAUGCGGCCCAAGGUUACCCCCUUCGACACAGAUGGGAGGACAUCAGGCGAGGAAAAUGGCGAUCCCACCUGGAGUUGAAGUCACCAAGGUGGUCGUAUCCAAGGCUCUGAAGAACCACGACGUGUUAAAAGGCCUGAGAGUGUGGUUGUCUAAUGGCCAGGCAAGAGGUGGCUUGAAUCUUCAGAGUUUUGCGGCGGAUUUGGAGCUGCAUGAGGUCAAGGUUCUUGAGCCACCAGCCAAUCACAAGAUUGUCGGAUUCUAUGGUACGAGCGGGUCUUGGGGCAUGUGCCAAAAGUUUGGCAUCAUGUCAAUCCCAAGAGAUGUUGAGUUGCCAGGCUCUGUUUACGACAUGGAAGAGUUUCAGAAUCUUCCUCUUGAUCAUUACGCCGAGAAGCAGGCAGAUGAGGCGGGGUCCGAGGGCGAGGUGGAUAAGAUGGACGAAGAUAUGGAGGAGGACCCUGACACUGGGUAUGAUGAGGAGUGGGAUGAGAGAACGAGGAAAAUAUAUGGGAAGUAA